AUGCGCCAAAAUCUAUCCGACAUACUUCUGGUACCCGUGAAACUGCAAAUCAGAAGUUUUCAAGUCGACAAACUGAUGAAAAACCUGUGGGGUGACCGAUUCUUCAACCCUACCACAAAAAAGUGGAGCUAUACCAAAACCGAUGAUAGCAAACGAGGAUUCAAUCAAUUUUUGCUUGAACCAAUACUCAUGGUCUUUGAUGCUAUCAUGAGUGUAAAGAAGGAAAAGAUCCAGGAGCUCGUGAAAAAACUUUCCAUCAAGCUGGACUACGAUGAGGAGGAUCUGGAAGGCAAACCACUCUUGAAAGCCUUCAUGCGACGAUGGCUACCAGCAGGUGACACCAUGCUCCAGAUGAUAGCGUUCCAUCUUCCAUCACCCGUCGCCGCGCAGAAUUAUCGAAUGGAAAUGUUAUAUGAAGGGCCACACGACGACGAUGCGGCCUUGGCAAUCAAGAACUGCGAUCCUAAUGGUCCCCUUAUGAUGUACAUCUCGAAAAUGGUUCCGACUUCUGACAAAGGAAGAUUCUAUGCGUUUGGAAGAGUGUUCUCUGGAAAAGUGGCGACUGGAAUGAAGGCGAGGAUACAGGGACCGAACUACGUGCCAGGGAAGAAAGACGACUUGUAUGAGAAGACUAUCCAACGAACGAUUAUCAUGAUGGGAAAGUAUGUGGAGUGUAUUGAGGAUAUCCCGUGUGGAAAUAUUGCUGGACUAGUCGGAGUUGAUCAGUACCUUGUGAAAGGUGGUACCAUCACAACAUUCAAGGACGCCCAUAACUUACGAGUCAUGAAAUUCUCAGUAUCCCCGGUGGUCCGUGUCGCUGUGGAAGCUAAGAACCCGGCUGAUCUACCGAAACUUGUGGAGGGACUCAAGCGGCUGGCCAAGUCGGAUCCAAUGGUCCAAUGCACCUUUGAAUCUUCCGGUGAGCACAUUAUCGCUGGAGCCGGGGAGCUCCAUUUGGAGAUUUGUUUGAAAGAUUUGGAGGAGGACCACGCUUGUAUCCCACUGAAGAUUUCGGAUCCAGUAGUUUCUUAUCGGGAGACUGUUCAAGCGGAGUCUAGUCAGAUUUGUCUUGCGAAGUCUGCAAAUAAGCUGAAUCGACUUCACUGCUCCGCCCAACCAAUGCCAGAUGGUCUCGCAGAUGAUAUCGAGGGAGGAGUCAUCAACGCCCGUGAUGAAUUCAAAUCUCGCGCGAAAACUCUAUCAGAAAAGUACAACUAUGACGUUACGGAAGCCCGGAGGAUAUGGUGCUUCGGUCCAGAUGGCACUGGCCCCAAUCUUCUGUUCGAUGUGACCAAAGGAGUACAAUAUUUGAAUGAUAUCAAGGAUCCAAUGAUGGCCGGAUUCAGUUGGGCGACUAGAGAAGGUGUCCUUUGUGAGGAGACUUUGAGAGAUGUGAGGUUCAACAUCCAUGACGUCACAGUCCACUCAGAUUCUAUGCAUCGAGGAGGGGCUCAGAUUAUUCCUGCGGCAAGGAGAGUGUUCUAUGCAUCACAGUUGACUGCAGAGCCACGUGUCCUUGAGCCGGUGUACCUGGUGGAGAUUCAGUGUCCGGAGCCGGUGAUAGGAGGUAUCUACGGUGUCAUCAACAAGCGACGUGGCCUUGUCAUCGAAGAAUCUCAGGUCAUCGGAACUCCGAUGUUCAUUGUCAAAGCAUAUCUACCUGUCAACGAAUCCUUCGGAUUCACAGCAGAUCUCCGAUCCAACACCGGUGGACAAGCAUUCCCGCAAUGUGUGUUCGAUCAUUGGCAGGUACUACCCGGUGACCCUCUGGAAAUUGGUAGCAAGCCGAAUCAAAUUGUGACGGAUAUAAGAAAACGAAAAGGUCUCAAAGAGGGAAUUCCAGCCCUUGAUAAUUAUCUUGAUAAAUUGUAA